ACCGCUGUAUGGAAGAAGGACAGUCCCAGAACUGUCAUUAAUAGUCUAUUUCUGACAGUUUUAUGACAUUCCCUCCAUACAGCGGUUUCCCAACAGCUGUAUGGAGGGAAUGUCCCAGAACUGUCAGAAAUAGACUAUUUAAUGACAGUUCUGGGACUGUCCUUCCAUACAAUGUUUCAACCGCUGUAUGGAAGGACAGUCCCAGAACUGUCAUGAAAUAGUCUAUUUCUGACAGUUCCAUGACAUUCCCUCCAUACAGCGGUUUGAAACAGCUGUAUGGAUGUGAUUGUCCCAGAACUGUCAGAAAUAGUCUAUUUCUGACAGUUCUGGGACAUUCACUCCAUACAGCUGUUUC